AUGGCGUUUAUUGGGCCGAGGAAUAGCGCGCCCAUUAUCAAGGACAGCCUGCACACACCGGCGUACGAGAUCAAGUUGGAGACUGUGUUCGGGCUGACGGUCAGCAGUAACGCGGCCCUCGACUGCGAUCCCAACACCGAAGUGGUUGCAUAUCCAGCUGGAUGCACAGUGGUCCUAUACAAUGUACGUAAGAACAGACAGUCGCACGUGUUGAACGCGUCGAGGAAGAGUGUGACGUGCGUGGCCUUCUCGCCCGACGGACGGUACCUGGCGACCGGGGAGUGCGGGCACGCGCCGGCUGUUAGAGUCUGGGAUUUACAGGAUCCAACCGCUUCAGGUGCGGUUCAGAUUGCCGAGUUUCCGGGACACACGCAUGGAGUUAACUGUGUGGCAUUCUCUACGUCGUCCAAGUACCUAGUGUCGGUCGGAUCUCAGCAUGACAUGAUAGUCAAUGUGUGGGACUGGAGGGCUAACUUGAAAUUGGCCAGUAACAAGGUGUCGUCUCGUGUAAAAGCGGUCAGCUUCUCUGAGAGCGGCAACUACUUUGUGACCGUUGGUUUCAGACAUGUCAAGUUCUGGUAUUUGGAAUAUUCCAGAAAUGCUAAGUUCAAGGAGCCGGUCCCUCUCAUGGGCAGGUCAGCUAUCCUCGGGGAGCAGAAGGACAAUGAGUUCUGUGACGUCGUGUGCGGGAGGGGAGAUGCUGCGGAGAGUACGUACGCCAUCACUAGAGGAGGACUCCUCUGUGAGUUCAACAGCAGACGGCUGUUGGACAAGUGGGUAGAGUUGAGGACGACGUCGGCCAACUGCAUGGCGAUAGGGUCGGAGUACAUAUUCGUGGGGUGCGCGGAGGGCAUCGUGCGCUGCUUCGCGCCGGCGUCGCUGCGCUACGUCACCACGUUGCCGCGCACGCACUACCUCGGCGUGGACGUCGCGCGCGGCGACACAAUCAGCCACAUGUUCAGCCAGCCGGAGAACGCCAGGUACCCGGACGCCAUAGCGCUGACCUACGACGAGAGGAACCACAAGCUGACGUGUGUAUACAACGACCACAGUCUGUACGUGUGGGAUGUGAGGGAUAUAAAGAGGGUGGGCAAGUCGCACUCGGCGCUGUACCACUCGGCGUGCAUCUGGGGCGUGGACGUGGUGGCGGCCGCGCCCGCCGCCUUCCUCUCCUGCUCCAGCGACGACACCGUGCGCGUGUGGACGCUGCGCCCGCCCGCGCCCGCCGCCGGCGCCGCGCCCGCGCCCAAUAUAUACAGCAAUGAACUCUCCAAAGUGUUAUAUAUCGAUCCUGAGCUCAAAUUUCUGAAAGACGUGGAUUUGACGGCUACAAGCGAUAAGGACAAGUCGAAAACGUACGAUGAUAAGACUGGAGUCAGAUGCGUGCGCAUGUCGCCGUGCGGGCGGCACAUCGCGGCGGGCGACCGCGCCGGCAACGUGUGGGUGUUCGACGCGCGCGGCGCCGCGCUGCACACGCUGGAGGCGCACGACGCCGAGGUGCUGUGCGUGGAGUACGCGCGCGAGCCGCGCCUGCUCGCCUCCGCCUCGCGCGACCGACUGGUGCACGUCUUCGACGUCGAUCGGGGGUACCAGAUACUGCAGACCCUGGACGAGCACUCGUCAUCCAUCACGGCCGUCCGCUUCCUCAGCUCGGGGCCUGGUCUCCAGAUGGUGUCGUGCGGCGCUGAUAAGACCAUACUGUUCAGACAAUUGAGGACUAUGCAGGACGGCAGCUACCAGUUCGCGCGCGGACAGAACGUGUCGGGGCGCACCACGCUCUACGACAUGGAGGUGGACGCCGGCGGCCGCCACGUGCUCACCGCCUGCCAGGAUCGCAAUGUCCGUGUGUACAGCGCGGCUCACGGGAGGCACACGAAGACUUUUAGAGGUACCACUGCAGAAGAUGGGACGCUUAUCAAGGUAUCUCUGGACAGCAGCGGCAUCUACCUGGCGACAUCGAGCACAGAUAAGAUAUUGAGCGUGUACGAUUAUUAUUCGGGAGAGUGCAUGGCCACCAUGUAUGGACAUUCCGAGAUUGUGACUGGUCUCAGGUUCACGCCGGACUGCCAGCACCUGGUGUCGGCGUCGGGCGACGGCUGCAUCUUCGUGUGGCGCGUGCCGCACGACAUGGUGGUCACCAUGCGCGCGCGCCUCGCGCAGCAGGCCAUGCGCCUGGGACGGAAAGCACCUCCAACCAACGGUAUGUCAGGUUUAGAAAGUGAAACGGAGUCACAUCUCGGCUCACCGCCUCGAGAGAUCAAUGCCGAGGAAAAGUUCACCACGCCAGUAGUACCGGACUACACUUUACGCAUCGGGAAGUUGCCGACUUGGGCUAAGAAGAGCUUAGGGGAUGAGUUGUCGUCCGACGGCGCGCGCCCUCCCGCGCAGGCGCAGAUGCCCCCCGCGCCGCCCGCGAGGGGGAAGUGGGCCACGAGGAUACUGCCUCCCCCCGACAAACGUAUAGAUUCUGACGGUUCUAAGGACAGCUCGAUAGACAGUGGCACAGACACGAGGUAUAACGACAAGCGACGAGAGCCGGGGAAACAGAGGCCGAAAUCCCUCAACCUCUCGCAACUGCCGCGAGUCGAGGCGUUGUUCAGGAACUUUGAUGCGACAUUCAAAGCCACAUACGAUAUAUUAUCCAUAUCGCCGAGGGUGGAAAAGGUCACGGUUAAUUUAUCGAAAAAUCGAAUGUUGGACGCUCGAACGCGACACCAUACAGAUGAUUCUUCACUCGGAAGUUUUAAGUUUGAGGACCAAGAGUCAACAGAGCACGACGGCGACAUAGAAGAUAUAUCGGACGGAGAGAGGACGUCGUCGUCGGAGAGAGGGAACCGGCCCACGUAUUAUCCUGGGAAUAAUGAUGACGAUACGCCUAGCGAGUUCCUGGUGAACGCGAUGGACGCGGCGGAGCUGCGGCGCUCGGUGCGGCGCCGCGCGCCCGCGCCCGCCGACCUCAGCGGCUCGCCGCACGACUCCGACGAGGAUGAGGUAUCAACACCGUCUGGUGACAAUGCGGAUAGGAACCCACUAUCCGGGUCUUGCGAGUCGUUAGAGAGGAGUAUUCGACAGAGCUAUAUAAAAUCAGCAUUCGACAGUUUAAGUGGCAACCCUGACAUGGAUGCACCUACACCAGGAACAGGGAACACGACGUCACUGUCGGCGCAGCACCUGUCGCAGGCGCGCGCGCCCGCCGCCCCCGCCGCGCCCGCCGCGCGCGACCCCGACGCCGCGCGCCGCCGCGAGGAGCUGCAGCGGAGGAUCCUCGAGACCAGGCGCCAGCUCGAGAGUGUGGCAUUCCGGUCUAACCUGAAAUCGAGUCAAUCGACUACAGACUUAUCGUACAUACCGGAGAAAGAAGGUUCUAGGAGAAACAGACCGUUGUCUAUGGCUGUGCCGAGUAAUUCGAGAAAUUACGGAUUCUCUAACCCACCCAUAUGUCCCGAAGAAGGUCUAGACAGUCUUAACACUAACUAUUUUGACAGCUUAAACUAUCAAAAUAUGAAUUUAGACUUUCGCAACAAAAACCCUUACGCCAUUCCCGCAAAUUUGAACCAUAAAAUUUUACCAGAGUAUUAUGAUAAUACACCCCCAUAUAUACCUCCUAGGGUCAAUAUGGAACCUAGUCACAAUCCAAAGAGAAUAAUUAAUUUACCACCAACAUCUAAGCCGGUGGUAUUCAAAGAAAAUAUACCUCAGAAACAAAAUUUAGCUUUCACAGUUGAUAUGAAUAAAAAGCCGGUGUCAAAAGUUUUUAAUCGAUUGUUUCCGACCGCGUGCGAGGAAAAAGAACCGCCAAAAUUACCGCCUAGAAACUUCCAUUUGAAUCUCAAUGAAAAACCUCAGCCUAAAACGCCUAAACCUAAUGCUAGGAGUAUAUUUAAGAACUAUAAGUCUUGUCCAGUGUCGCCUGUAUCAGAAGAGUGUAAAUGGGCAGAUAAAGUUGCACAGAAUCAAAGUAAUAACGAAAAAGCUGAAAAACCCAGACAAAAUGUUGACACUAGAAAACGUAAUUCGCUAAGUUUCUUCGUUGGGCUCGACAGUAAGAUCAAAGAUAGUAGAAAUAUAGUGGAUACAAUCAAAAGCGAUACGGAGAAAAUGAUAGCUGAAAUAACAAAAAAAUAUGGAGAUCUAGACGAGUUUGAACCAAACCCACAAAGUGAUUUAGAUUUGCAGCCGACUAAAGAAGUUGAAGAGAAAGACGAUGGUAACUUCUCAUCGGAUUCUUUAGAGGAUUGUAGCUUAAGUCAAGACGUUAGUUGCAAAAACAAAUUGUAUUCAAAGAAAGUAUGCAAAAAGCAUAAUAAGACUAGUAGUAUGCCGCGGCGUUCAAUAUCCAACUAUGAAAUUUACGGAGGAACGUACGAUAAACCUGCCAUUCCAAUGAAACCUACAUUGUGUGUGACACAAAAAAGUUCCACCCUACCUCGUAAUAUGCCGUCUAAUUUAGACGAUAUCAUCGAUGAAGAUAUGAAUCCAAGUUAUGCAAUGUACAGAUGUCAAAGUGUACUAACAAAAAGAUGUGUUACGCGAUCAAAUGAGUCAGUUUUGAGUGAUCACUCGAAUUGUUCGAGCGUUUCUAAUGAAAUAUUCCUGAAAUAUGGCAAUGAGGUUGCAUUCCAACAGGCGAAGUUUACAGAUAGUCGAUACAAUUUGAAUGAUUCGCAAAAUUGCUCUUUUGAAAAUAUAAACGAACCGGAUAUGAGAUAUCUGGAGAACCAUAGACAUAGUAGUGCUAGUUUCUUUUUGAACCAGAAGAAAUACAUGAAAUCUAGCUGUAGCCAAGAGUCGGUGUUAUCGGACGAAUAUUUAGAUAACGAUAAUCAAUUAUCACGUACAAAUUGCAACUCACUAGAAAGCGUUCUGUCAGAUGACUCUGAAUGUACUAAAAGUGCGCCGUUGGAAAUGUUAUUUGAAGGUGCUAGAUCACGCCCGAAAAAGCCUGGAGUACCAAAUAGCCAGAGCUGUUAUGAUUUUGAUAAUACGUCGAAAAGUUAUGGCUCAAGUCCUAAUAACGUUCCACACUUUAGUGGGUAUAUGUAUAAUAAUUAUUUUGGCGAAAGCUCUAGUCCUCGAACAGAUUAUAAAGAUCAAGUGCCAGUGGUAGCCAGUCCUAAACCUCCUGUGCAGAAAGUCUAUGGGUUCGAUAUACCUACAGGAGAAUUUUCUGGACACAAAACGGUCACAAGAUCUAAGAGUUUAUAUGAUUCAUCGACAAAGCAGCCGCCUCCGGCUAAAAAUAUAGCAUACUAUUUUGAUGGAAAUAAUAUACAACAAUAUAAUAAAGAAAAGAAACAAAGAGAUGAAAUACCUCGGUUGAGUGCAGGAGAUUACAUGGCGAAUACUAGUAAAUCUUUACAACCAAAAUUUGCAGAUAAACAUAAAUAUAAAAGUGAAAUGGAAGGAUGUGAGCAGUCUAAUGCAAUGGUGAAAUCGAAGAGUUGCAGUUUUGAAGUAGUUUUGGAACCGGCAUCUAAGCCUAAUCCAUUGAAAAAUCUGAUGGAGAAACGAUCGCAUGUAAAGAAAAAUCUAGAAAAAUUCGAAGAACAAAUAAGAAAGAACACUCAAAGCAAAACUAGUAAGAAUCAAUUGAACAAGGAAAAAGCAAAUGUUGCUAAAUAUAACAAUGCUACAAAAAGUCUUGAAAGAGAUUCAGGACAAAAGAAUAAUAACGUUAAAAUAUCUAUGGAAUUUGUACCUCACAAACCGCCAAAACCUAUUAAAAGAACGUCUUCCAUUAAACUUAACAAUAGGCUUAAAGCUGGUUUAGACAAAUCUACUCUUAGUUCCUCUAUAUCUUCUCAAUAUAAAGCCAAAUUAGAUGGAUUGCACAAUAAGAAUUAUAUUUCCAAUCGAAAAAACGAAGAUAAAAAUUCUAAUCUAGAAGAAACUCCUGAUAAUUCGGAGAAAACAUUCGAUGUAUUCGUGAAAGAAAAAGAUGUAAAUGAAAAUAGAUCUGAAAUUCAAAUGGAUAGCCUUGAGGUGUUUGCGAUGCAAAGAAUUGAAAGGAUGAAACAUGUAAGCAUGGAUUCAUUAGACGUUAUCGAAGAUAACCAUGACUUUACAAAAGAUUCUUUAGACUAUUACGCUGAUCAGAAAACCAAAUUUUACAGCAAAACAAUGAAAGAUCAAAGGAAUCUUAAGUUUGCGAAACACGAAUUAGAUAUGCCCUGUCAUAGCGGCCACAAUAAUGAAGCCAAGGAAAAUAUUGCUCCUGACGAUAGCGAUGAAGUUAAAAAAUAUAAAUACAUCGAAAGAAAGUUAGAAAUAAUAAACAAAUUGGUAGAAAUGGAGGAGAGAAAGAUAUUACAAGAAAAAAUACUAAAGGAAUAUCGUAUGAGACCGUUGAAAGCUAAUAUAAAUGACGGUAAAGGUGUCGUAAAAGUGUUAUCAAGAAAAUUUGAGAAGUUAGCCACAAAACAAAGCACGGUCCCUAAUUUUGCUUCGCUAACAUUAGAAGAAGCAGAUACGGAUACUGAAAACUCAGAUAACAAGGAAAUUAAGCGAAAUUUAAGUCUACCCGAUAUACUAGAUACGGACCAAAUCGGUCUAACAGUUGAAGGAGUAGACGUGUCCAAUGAUGCUGGAAAUGAACUUAUGGAAGUAGAGGAAACUGAGCCAGCGAAGUUAAACAACACAUUUCAAAACAUAGUGAAACCAUCAAAAUCACUGCCACAAAGAGUUUACAAUGAAAUGGUUAUACCUAAAACAGACGUACAUUUAGAUAGUGAAAACUAUGAAUCUUCUACCACUAGUUCUAGUUGCACGAAUUCUCCUAAAAGAAUGUCAAUCUAUGGAUUCAAUAGACCAAAAACUCCCUUUCGGAAAAUAAUGCGGGCACCCGCACCCAGAAUGUCCAUGGACAAUCAACACGUGAACUCUGGUAGAGUUAGGCCAGUUCUGAAUUCGGGGAAUAGCGUAAGAGGCUUAAUGAGAAAGUCGCCAAUAACACCAGUUCUGCCGUCGAAAUUUUCACCAUUACCAGGUGGGAGCAUGGACUUAGAUGUCGUGACGGUCCUUUUGAUUUGCGCUUCCAUUCUAGAUCUUUCUUUGGUCCCA